CGCUUGAUUCCUUCCUUCCUGUCUGGGUCAAAACUGAAAGCGCUGCUGGCGCUCCAGCAGCCGUCUCGCCAGCGGCCUGUUUCACCUUCAGCGGCGGAGAUCGGAGGGCGGAAGGCGGCCUGGCUUCCGGGGGAGAGGCAAAGGGACGACUGCAGCGGCAUGAACGGCGGAGUGGAGUGCCUCCUCUCGGAGGAAGCCAUCGACCUCACGCGGGGGCCUUCAGGACUGGGAUUCAAUAUAGUUGGUGGGAGAGACCAACAGCACAUCUCCAAUGACACUGGCAUCUUUGUUAGCCGGAUCAAAGAAAAUGGAGCUGCGGCACUGGAUGGACGCCUACAGGAAGGAGAUAAAAUUUUAACAGUUAACGGUGAGGAGCUGACGGACAUGCUCCAUCAGGAUGCUGUGGAUCUCUUCAGGACUGCUGGUGACCACGUUUCCUUAAAGGUUCAACACAGGCUGAUGCCCCAGAAUGGUCCCUCAAGCCACCGAGGGGAUGGAGACCCAGGAGGCGUUCCUUUGGCUGUGAUUUUGGUGCCUGGACUGGCCAUAACGGUGGCUGUAGUAUGGGCCUUCCUGAGAUACCGACAACGGCUGUGACCCACACCACAUCUGGGAGAACUUGAUGCACAGCAAAGCCUACAAAUCUGAGAUGCAAUUUAAAGAGAACAAAUUGACUGUCUUUGGGUUGUCAUUGGGGGAGGAGAGAAUCAUUGCCUAAUGUAAAGUUACUGCCGUGUGUGAUGUGAUGAAUUUCAUGCACGUUAGCAGUCAGAGUGUUUACGAACCAGAAUGUCCCACUUUGCUGGUCCUGCAGAAGUUUGGUUCAGCUUCUUCUGAUAAUAUUCUUUGGCUCCAUGAUUUUUUCCAUGGCUCUGUGUUUUUAAAACAUGUACUGCAAUGGAAGGUGGUGCAGUGAGACUCCCUUGAUCCCACAGCCUCUUGUUGCUUGUCAGGUUAAUUCUGAAACUAGAGGAACACAUUUGGGGCAGCCACCAAGCUCACUGUGGUUUGAUAGGGAAAGGGAGGAAUAUGAUGCCUUGGAACAGGACGAGCAUGAUGCCCUGUAAAAAGGAAAGAUGUGCCAGUUGAAAGGGUCUCUGAAUGGCAGGCAGAGCCUCUAGAUGCAGAGUGAAAAGGAGCACUGGAUGAGUUCUUAGAUAUGCCCUUCUAAAUCAUCAUUAAAGAUUAAAGUAGUGAGAGAUGAAAACAGUGAUGAGUAUUUCUAUUUCUUAGCCUUUUGGUGAAGGGAGACUGGGUUAUUUUCUUUAUGACAUGCCUUAGGAGAACACAUUAAGUUUAAUCUACAGUUUGGGGUAGGUUGCUGAAGCCAAGCCAUAAAUGUUGGGAUUGGUUUUAUAAAGCUAGGAGACAUUAUGGGAGAGGGCCUCUAAUGAAAUCACAUAUGCUAACUUGCAAACCGGUAAUGGGCAGAUCAUUUCUUUGGAAGUAAAUUCCACUGAAAUAAACUUGAGUGCAUGUCCAGGUACAUAUGCAUUCAAGAUUCAGGCUGAAAGAAAGGGUACUAAAGUUUAAAGGAAGCUUAUGAGCUGGCAAUGUUUGUUUUGUUAACAGUGGAAUUGUGAACCUCUCAUUUACAGAAAAAGGUUGAAUGUAUGGAACAUUAAGCCUAAUAAUCUACCUUUAAAAUCAUUGCAAGCUGCCUUGGGUCAGGUAGAUGCCUCUUUGUAUUAUCUUCUGGGGUAUUGGUCACUCUGUGCUUCCAAGUUGAAGCACUCAGAAAGUGGCUUCCCCAAUAUGUACCAGUAGAAAACAAAUAUGGUAACAUAUUUGCUUUGGAGACAGAAACCCAACCUUAGCCAUUGUGUAGCUUUCAUUCUGCUCCAGCCUGGGGUUGUGAGAGAAAUUAAUUGAAAAAUCACUGCACUGACAUCGUGCAACUCAUUUUAACCAUAGCCUUGUUUUUGGGCUGGGUAGUCACUGCAGGUGGAAUCAUUCGGAGGUGAAUAUCACAUAUUCACAAACCAUUGCCCCAUUUCACUUCUAAAGCAAUAGAUGACAUAUAGUGUUACAUUCCAGUGACUUCUGAUUUUGGAAUGAUUUAGAUGUAAUCAGUGUUUGUAGGUGAGGAACAGAGCUUACAUUCUUUUAACAAUCCAGUGGAACUCAGAUUUUUUCGAACUUCUUUUUAAGUUCCCAAAUUAUUCAGUAUCCCUUCCAAGCAAUGAAUAUGCUACACAUCCUUUGAUUCCAACCUAUAAAGGCUUAGUAUGGAUCGUUUUUAGAGACUUACUUUUGCAGGUUGUAAAGCCAGGAAAUGUCUUUUACAUAGGCAAAAAUAUGUAAGAUGGUGAAAUGUAACAUAAACAAAAACUGGCAAGAAUUUCACUUUCAAGUUUGUAAAACUCUCCCACACUGAUGGUAAUGUACUCUUCAAUGAUUUGAGCUCACUGGGAUAGCAUCCAUUUUACUCUUAAGUGAAUGUGUUUUUGUACUUUGGAAAAGAAUGUUGAUGUAUGAGGUCCGUUUGAUGCCAAAAAUUAUAUCACAUAUACAGUAUA